GCGAUGACGAUUUGGGGGCGGGUGAAUACAGGAAGUGCGCGUGCUCACAGGCAGAGUUUCCUGGUGUAUAAAUAUCACAGAAUAAACACUUGAUAUUUGGAGUAUUUGUAGGUGAGGAAUAAAAAAAAAAAAAAAAAAAAAAAAAAUGCCACUCCUGACUCAGAACAAACGAAUCGACCGUGUAAUAUCAACAACUGAGCUGUUCUCGAAAUAUUCCCAUUUAAAGGAAAAUGCCAAAGUAUUUCGCUCCAAACCCCUUGUGACAGUGGAUUCAAAGUGCCUGCUCUAUGUGCAACAGCGGGAAUUUGCAGCCACAACGCCGGCAGACAACUCUGUUUCAGUUAUUGGCUCUGGGGAUGCAACAACAUGUCACUUAGUAGUCCUGCGCCAUACAGGAAGCGGAGCGACUUGUUUGGCUCACCUGGACGGCUCGAGCACGCGGACUGAAGUUCCUCUCUUAGUUAAUGCCGUCACGUCACUAAGCAACCCAGCUAAAGCAGGCAGGUUAGAGCUUCAUCUCAUUGGGGGGUUUGAUGAUGACAACAAGACGUCACAUAACCUCAGCCGGGAAAUCUUCGCGGCAUUUCAGAAACAAAAGGAAGAAAUUCACAUAGAAACCUGCUGCAUUACUGAUAUGAAUGAUGUUGUGACAGAUGGGAUUCACAGACCAAUUAUCUAUGGAAUAGGUGUGAACGUUAAAACAGGCGAUGUUUUCCCAGCCGUGUUUCCACAAAGAGGACCUGCUGAGGACUUGAGGUCUGCACGCAGCUUCUCAGGUGGACAGCUAGCCGAGGUGUACGACUGUAGUAAAGAGCAGCUGAAGAUCGGCCCAUGCAGAUGGGCACCUAGCACAGACAUCGCCUUCUGGCUGGAUGAAGAUGAUGAAACAAUCUUACAGUACCUGUCCACGUCUCCUUAUGCUGAGCCACCUCAUUUCGUCCAACACAUCAAGUCCACAAUCCGCUUCCUGCUGGAACACCCGAACACCGACGCUCUGUUUCCCGGAGGCCAGCCGCAGCGCUUCCAGCGAUCGGAGCAGGGAGAGUGGGAGAGAGUCUGCCCUUAACACUCAUCUCUGCACUUAACAAUCAACAACACUGUGACCAAACCAAAGGCCUUUACAAGAAGCGUUUACUGGCUGUACAUGUUGCUCUUUCAUGAUAAUCUAUUUCUCUUAGGAUGAUCAGUUCAAGUGCUUAGCAGAGAUUUGGAUUAUCAUAAAAGGGAAACUUCUACUUGGAAUGGAUAGAUGGGAUUAUCUUAUCUAGUAAUGCAUCAGUUGAAAUUUUAGAGACUGUACAGAAAAAAAGCCCUUUUAUGGACUCCUAAAGCUGGAUAUGGACUUGUUUUAUACAGUGUACAGUGUUGUACAGUGAUGAAAAAAUGUAUUAUGUGACUUUAUUUCCUCUUAUAUGUAUCAUAAAUGUGGCAUGAUUUGUGACUGGAGUGUUGUGUACCCUUCCUGAGUUAUGAAGAAAAAAAAAAGUGCUGCAUAUCCUUCAGAAAUCCUGCAAGUUUUUUUUUUUUUUUUUUUUUUUAAACAGAUUUACGGUAUAAUAAACA